CCUCUAAUAACAACCCACAGACAACCUAGGGGAGGCUUCAGUCACGGCGGAUCUUUCGAUGAUAUUGAGCCACGCCACGUGUCGUAUAUUCUGUUGAAAACAGAUGUGAACUCGCUACCUGGGGCAGAGGAAAAGUAGGUGCCUAGGGUCGUGCCAUUCCUUUUCACACCGGUAGCUCGGUCGCUCGGUCGCAUAGCAACCCAGGAACAUCCGGGAGCAAGAGAGCAUCAGGUGGCAUCAGUGAGAAAGUGUUUGUGCGCGAAAAUGAAGCUUCCAGAAAGCCACUACCCAACUAUGGAUGAUGAACGAGCGCCACCAGGGACACCAGCGCGAUACGAGGACCAGCACUAUCCAUCGGCACAUGGAGCAUUACCGAUGAUAACGAAUGGUGAUCAUAAACAGCCCGGUGGUACCCCGUACGAAAAGAAACUGCUCCUGGAAAUCGAAAGCAAACCGGAAAAACGAGAAAAUGAUGCCAAACUCAAUGGUGGGGCUCAACAGGCAUCAGCAAACCAUUUAUCGGAAGCUGUAUCCUCCUCUACGAUGGGCGGUGUGUUUCAUCAGUUAUUACUCACAUCCGCGGUGCUGCUGAUGGCGGCAGCCUGCGGUAUGCCAAUAGGAUACUCGGCCGUCCUAUUGCCCCAACUGUACGAUACCAACGAAUCUCUAGCCAUCGACAUCGAGAUGGGUUCGUGGAUUGCUAGCGUUCAUAGUUUAGCAACACCGAUCGGAUCGUUUGCUUCCGGUCCGAUUAUGGACCGGUGGGGGCGUCGACCGGCACUUCUGCUAGCCAUUAUACCGCUCUUCACGGGAUGGAUUCUACUGGCCACGGCAUCAUCUCACUUUCUGCUACUGCUAGGACGAAUGGUGGCCGGCGUAUCGGUCGGAUUAAUAGCUGCGCCAGCACAGGUACUGCUAGCGGAGAUAGCGGAACCCCGACUACGAGGGCUACUAAUCGGGGCCCCAUUUGUUGCCUACUCCUUGGGUAUCCUGUUAGUGUACGCACUCGGUAGUCAGCUGCACUGGCGUGCGGUUGCCUGGGGUGGCACCGUUUUACCGGCACUAUCCUUCGUGGCAAUCUACUUCGCUCCGGAGUCCCCGACGUGGCUAGCUCGCAAUAACCAGCAGGAUCGAGCAUCGAAAGCUCUCACCUGGCUGCGUGGUUGUCCGACGGCGGCAAAGAAGGAACUGCACAAGCUAACGGAGCGUUUCGAGCAGGAACAGGAACAGGAGAAACUGAAUGGUGCCCACCAAAGCUUCUGGCAUUCGCUGAAAGAGAUCGCACUCAUAAAACCGCUCGUCAUCAUAAACGGAUUCCACGUGCUGCAGAUCCUGUCCGGUACCUAUCUGGUCGUGUUCUACGCGGUCGACCUAAUCUCCGAUCUGGGUGGCAGUGACAUCAAUACCAUACAGGCGGCCGUUCUGACGGCGAUCGUUCGGCUUGCCUUCACGUUUCUCUACUGCUUCCUGCUGCUGCUCAUGCCACGCCGCUCGAUGGUUUGCAUCAGCGGGCUCAUUUCCGGUGCGAGCUGCAUCGCGAUCGCGAUAUUUAUGUACGCUCGCAGCGGGGAAGCAUCGGCACCGUACGAUACGUACAUUGCGGCAACGCUCAUCCUUAUCUACAUCGGUUCCAACACCGGAUUCCUCACGAUGCCCGGCAUCAUGAUCGGCGAGCUGCUGCCGGCAAAGAUACGAGGCCAAAUAGCGGGCUACUUGUUCACCGUGUUUAACCUGCUAUUGUUCGGUGUAGCAAAGGGUUUCCCAUACGCAAAGGCGGUCCUAAAAACACAGGGACUUUUCGUUAUGUUCGGUGUGGCCUCGUUUGGUGCUUCCCUGCUCCUGUACCUAUUGCUACCCGAAACGAAGGGCCGUACGCUGCACGACAUCGAGGAUUAUUUUGGCCAGCGGAACUGGCUAUGGAUGAACAGGCAGCGACGAGAAACAACAACUACCGCACGUAACGGCAAUUCACGUUCCGAAGAUGCUGAGGGCCAACCACUUAAAGCUUUCGUUCCAUCGACGUAACACGUUACCGUCACCUUCUGCCUAUCAACUCCGGGGUCAAUUCCCUGGUGUCCAGGAAUGUAGACAAAUCUUUUUGUGAUAUUUUUUAAUGCCCGCCUAGUAAGUGUACUUUUAAUUUAUCAAGCACCAGUGUACGUACCCAUAAUAAUCCCCAUGAUAUUCCCGAAUGAAUAUAUACCGUUUCCCCCAAUUUGGGCCAUGCGCAAAGGGAUAUACGAGA